AUGUCAUCUUCUUCUAAUACUAGAGUGUCAGACACACUGGAAUCUAUAGCUAUAGUAUCAGACGACGAGAUUAUCCCUGAGGACGAGGUUUAUACAUCUGACACCACGAGUACCGACGAGGAUGAUUUCCAGCCAUUCGCCCUACCGGACUUUGGAGACGACAUGCCUUUAGCUGAUGGUCUUUUUGACGGGGAUCUACCUAUUGUCCAGAUCCCUGCCCCUCUUCCUCUCGCUGUAGUUCCUGUUGAGGAUCUGCCACUUGACGCGAUAUAUGAUGACGACAUCGAUCUAUUCAUCGAGGGUCCCCCGAAGGGUGACCAGGAUGGCGGGGCCCCGAUGGAUGACGAUAUUCCACUUGCUGAUAUUCCGGUUGAUGACCUUGUUGUUCCUGUGGUUGAGGUUCCUGUUGUUGAUGCCAUUUAUUUGCCCCCUGUCGAGGCUCCUGUUGUGGAGGCCUUAUCUGAUCCAUCUAGUCCCGACUCGUUCGAGUCUGUAUCAUCCGGUACUCUUCACGCCCAGGGCGUGCAGCGCUACUCCACCGACACUGAUUCAGACAUGGCGAUGUCUGCUGCACUCGUUGUUCCCCAUGACUUUGACCCAGAUCCUGAGGUUGAGUUUGCUCCAGUCGUUGCACCACCCGUUGUUGAUGCACCAGUCGUUGCACCACCCGUUGUUGAUGCUCCAGUCGUUGCACCACCAGUUGUUGAUGUUCCAGUUGUGGCACCUCUGCCUGACCCUAUGCCUGUGUUUGUUGACCGUGCACCUUUUGCUACACACAUUGAUCCUAGAUACGCUCACACCCGUAAUGGGUGGAUUGAGGAUGAUGACUAUCCUCCCUUUGUUCGGCCAAUCACUUCCCCUUUUGCACCUGUCUAG